AUAAAUACCUGAAAUGUACCUUUUUAACAAAAUAUUUAACUCAAAAUAAUAUUUUGAAUGUUCUUUCUUUUAAUGUGAAAAACUGGACAUCCUGUCAGUAUGUAAACAUGUGAACCUCCGCCUCUUCACAAUAAACGCCUGGUCCGGUCUCUCAUGAUGAGUGUCUGGAUGUUCCCGGUCCCGGUCCAGCUCCCGGUCCCGGUCCAGCUCCCGGUGCUGGAGGACGGGUCUUCCUGCUCCUCUGACUCGGUCUAACGGAGAUUCACGGCGGAAGCAACGGGUUUUACCGGCGCUGUGAGGGCCAGACUCCUGGGACGGUACCGACGCUCGGUGUUUCCCUCCCGGUUCUCCGGUGCGGAGCUAACGUUAGUAGCCGGAGAGCUAACCGGAGGGCUAACGUAAGCGGCUAACGAUCAACGACCGCAGCGUGACGUCACACAAACAACCACCGGUCCGUUGUCCCGGUUUACCUCCGAGGACAGAGAGACCCGGGUUUUCAGAUUCACCUCAAAGUCCCGGUCUCGGGAUCCUGUCUGGGGACCGCGGGAGCUGAGGUCCGGACAGGAAGCGGCUGCAGCAUCUGAAUGAGUCUCAGACCAGUAACCUCAGUGGUUCAGCCUCAGGGGACAUGAUGGGGACUCAGGGUCCCGGCAGGAAGAGGAUCCCGAACAGGGACAAGGUGACGGCUGAGGACGACGCUCUGAACCGGGUCGCACGAGAGGCGGAGGCGCGGCUGGCGGCGAAGCGAGCGGCGAGAGCUGAGGCCCGAGAAAUCAGGAUGAAGGAGCUGGAGCGACAGCAGAAGGAGCUCUUCCACACUCAUAAGAAGUAUUAUGGUCUGGAUAAUAAGUGGGGUCACAUUGAACAGUGGAUGGAGGACAGUGAACGUUACUCUCGUCUCUCUCGGAGAAACACUUCGGUGUCGGACGAUGAGGAGAAAAUGUCCGUCGGCAGCCGAGGAAGUUGCAGGCCAUCGGAGCCCAGCAUGUUUCUUGGCUCCGCCUCUCGAGCCUCAUCGAGGACGAGUUCAGCCCGAGCGAGUCCAGUGGUGGAGGAGAAACCGGACAGAGACUUCCUGGACAAAAGUUCCAGGACGGCUUUGACUCUGUCGGCUUCCACGCUCACGUCUCUGGGCGGAGCUUCGUCUCGAAGAGGAAGCUGUGACACAUCGUUCUCUGGGGAGACGGAAGCGUCCAUCAGAGAAAUCAAGGACUCUCUGGCGGAGGCCGAGGAGCGUUACCGCAGAGCGAUGGUUUCCAACGCGCAGCUUCACAACGAGAAGUCGUCUCUGAUGUAUCAGGUGGAGACUCUGAGGGAGGAGCUGAGCGACAUGGAGGAGCAGCUGUGGGAGGAGCGACGACAUGGGGGCGACACCAAGAAGGAGUUGGAACUCGAGCAUCAGUCUCACAGUUUCCUUCAGUUCCAGUUUAAAGAGAUGAAAGAAACUUUGAGACAAACUGAAGAAAUGCUGACGGAAGUGUCAGAGCUGCGUCUGCAGAGCAACAGUUACUGUCAGGAAGUUUCUGACCUGCAGGAAGUUCUGCAGUGGAAACAGAAGAAGAUCGCGGCGUUAGAGAGAGAGAGAGAAAUCUCCGACAUCGUUCGAAUUGAACGAGAUCGACUCCGAGACGAAGCGACUCAGCUGCGAGGUUUACUAAAGAAACACGGUGUUGUGGUCUCGCCUGAAAUCUCCACCAAUGGGGAGACGGGACAGACUGAGGCUGAUGUCACCACCGACUCCGGCUUCCUAUUGGCUCAGGACAGGUGUCAUGGCAGCAGAGAGAGCAUGCUGGGGAACAGUGGAGCGCGGUGUCCAGCAGAGGGCAGCAAAUUCCAGCAGGACGACAUGAGGAAGAGUUUGAAGAUUUUGAACCGAUCGCAGUCGCUGGAGUUUCUGAGCGACGAACAAACCAAUCGUGACACUUCACACGAGGGAGUGAAAAAACGAGUAGAAGACGAAAAGAAAGAAGGAACCAAACAAAUGAAAACAGGAUCUUCAGUCACUCGUUUGAACAAUCACAACAUUAAACCUGAGUUUCGCUCCUCACCUCAGGGUGUCCUCGUGACAGAAAACAAACGCUCCUUCAAACACAGAGGAACAGUUCAUGGAGGAACUCCAUCAUUAGCGUCUGAGCCGGAACGGUACAAAAAAUUUCACGAGCUGGUUUCACUCGUUCGCAGAAGUUCAACCAAACAAGUCGUUUCACGCCGAGCUGCAAACAGGAGGUCGAAUCUGACGAGGAAACAAACGUCUGCGAUUCAACUCAAACAAAAACACGUCAAAGAAAAGUUAAUGUCUGAUUUUACACAAACGUCCUUGUCUGCUGUCGAGAGCCGAGACAAAGACGUCAAAACAACGAGUGAAGAACAAAGUUCAGGAGAAGAUAAGAGAAAGAACAUGAUGAUCAGGAGAGAAAACCAAUUCAUCAACAUGUCAUCUGAGAUCCAUGAAGUUGAUUUGUCUGAAAAUGAGAUGAUGGAAGCAACAGAUCAAGUUUGUCGUCUGUUGAAGAACUCAGCAGAGAACGUCUGUGAGAAGGAGUUCAGUCGCUCUGGAACCGACGUGAAGUUGUGUGAAACAUCAGAAGAAGAAACAAGUGCAGAACGACAGAAUUCGCAGGAGAAACCAGAAAAGAAGAUUCACGAGGAAGAAGAGGGAGAUGUUUCCUCUGAACCUCACAAACAUCAACGAACAGAAACGUUGGGUCGUUUAGAACAAACUCUUCAUCGUCUGAUCAGAGACGUCAUUCAGAAUCACAGUUUCCUGUCUGAGAAAAAAAAUUCAACACAGGAAGAAGAAGAAGAAGAAGUUCAAUCUUCCUCAGCAUCAAAACUCCCUUCAGUCUCAGCAGCGACGCACAAACUCACUCACCACGACUUGUUUAACGUUUCACAUCAGAGAAGGUCAGAGGUCACAUGGACGUCGUCUCCGGAGGAAACGUGCGACGAUCAACGAGACUGCGCCGCUCUGACGACGAGCUGCCGCUUCCAGUUUGUUUUUGUCGAGUCUCACUUUGCCGAACCUGAGGAGACCAGAUCUGCUGAGUCACCUCAGAGAUCAGGAGUCCCGACUGAAACCGACGUAAAUCUGAGAAGAAGGUUAUCGACAAACCGUCACGUGGAUCAAAGCUCAAAGAUCAGACGCCUCAUCGAGACGACAGCGGAUCAAAUCAAGAGCUUCAUGGUCACAGGGUUCACGACGACCAGCUUCCAAGAAGGAAGACUCGAUGAGGAUCCACAGUCAAGCCCCGCCCACUUGGACGAGACAAUGGAAGGCGGGGAGACAUUGGCGGACGGCGUGGAAAGCUGCGAGGAGGCAGAUGAGGAGUCAGUGACACUGCAACGUGGACCAAUGACGGAGGUCGUUAAUGAGAAUGUGGAAGUCGUUGUGGUGGCGUGAAAAACAAAAAACAGGAAACUGACUGUACGAUUUCAUAGAUUCGUCAAAAUAAAAGCUGCUGUUUUGUGUAAAUUUCAGUAAAACUUUCAGAAAUAAUAAAAAGUUUAAUCUUCA